GGAACGUUUUCAAUAGAGGUCCCUACUCUGUGUACAAGGAAGUAUACAAUAUGUAGCUUGCCAUGAGACGUCUGACAUUAUCUAGCUGAUCUUUGGAAGAUUAAAAACACCAAAUUAGCAGAGAAAAAUCCAAGCGAGCGAAAAUGCAUCGCUACAAGCUAUGUGAGAAUGUUCACUUCACUCAUUGGUCAGAUGUGUCUGGGGCAGGAGAAAGAACGUAAAUACAGGACACCUCCUAAGGGAGGUCCACUGGCCAAAUACAACAUACUACGUUGAGCUAGUCCAGAUUUCACAAUGGAGGGAACUUCCAAAAGUGAUGCUGCUGGUCAGCUGUCUGUUGCUGCUCAAGUUCCCUUCCUUCACCUGUGUAUCACUUUAGAGAAAAUCCAGAAGUCGAAACUCCGUCCAGAUAAAUCCAAGAUCCUUGGUGAUUUCAUUGAAUCGUGGAGGAAGUUUCAUUCUGCCCUCCACAAAGAUAACCCCAAAACGACAGACUCUUUCUAUCCAGCUAUGCGCCUCAUAGUUCCCCCUUUUGAACGAGAGCGUAUGGCGUAUGGUAUCAAAGAGAACAUGUUAGCUAAACUCUACAUCGAUGUAUUAGGUCUCCCAAAGAAUGGCCCAGAAGCCAAUAAACUGUUGAACUACCGAGCUCCAACCACAUCCCAAGGAGAAGCUGGAGACUUUGCCGGCAUGGCAUACUUUGUGCUGAAGAAACGGUGCACCAGCCAGGGAAACCUCAGCAUCAAAGAAGUCAAUGACUUUCUGGAUUCAGUUGCCAUCAACAACGCUAGCCAACAGAAAAAUCUUGUGAAAAAGAGUCUGCUGCAUCUCAUCACGCACAGCUCGGCUCUUGAGCAAAAAUGGCUCAUCAGAAUGAUUCUGAAGGACAUGAAGCUAGGGGUCAGCAAAGAAACUGUUCUCCAAGUCUUCCAUCCUGAUGCUGCUGAGCUCUACAAUGUGAACACAGACUUAAACAAGGUGUGCCAGCAGCUCCACAAAACCUCAGUGUCUUUGAGUGAAGUCUCUAUUGAACUCUUCUCUGCCUUCAAGCCCAUGUUGGCAGCUAUUGCUAACAUCCGCAAUGUGGAGAAACAGAUGGGCAAUAGCCCUUUUUACAUUCAAACCAAGCUUGAUGGGGAGCGUAUACAACUGCAUAAAGAUGGAGAUGUGUACAAGUACUUUAGCCGAAAUGCUUUUGAUUACACACAGCAGUUUGGAGGAUCCCCGCUGGAGGGUUCACUCACACCUUACAUCCACAAUGUUUUUAAAAGCCACGUUGUGAACUGCAUCCUUGACGGAGAGAUGAUGGCAUACAACCCGACCGCCGAGACCUUCAUGCAGAAAGGGAGCAAAUUUGACAUCAAGAGGCUGGUGGACGACUCUGAGUUACAGACAUGCUUCUGCGUGUUUGACGUGCUGUUAGUCAAUGGCCAAAAGCUUGGCAAGGAACCGCUGAAGAAGCGUUACGAGACAAUGCAGACAGUUUUCACCCCAGUUAAGGGAAGGAUGCACCUGGUGCCAAAGACAGAUGCCAGAACCAUGCAGGAAGUGGUGAAUGCCCUCAAUGACGCCAUAGACAACAGGGAGGAGGGGAUCAUGGUGAAGGAUCCUUUAUCCAUCUACAAACCUGACAAGCGGGGGGAGGGAUGGCUGAAAAUAAAGCCGGAAUAUAUGGAUGGCUUGAUGGAUGAGCUUGACCUGCUGAUUGUUGGUGGCUACUGGGGGAAAGGCAGACGGGGUGGUAUGAUGUCCCAUUUCUUAUGUGGCAUUGCCGAAGCUCCAAAGCCUGGUGAGAAACCCUCGGUUUUCCACACAUUCUGCCGCAUUGGCUCCGGCUACACCAUGAAGGAGUUGUACGACCUUGGCUUGAAGUUAGCCAAGCACUGGAAGGUCUACCGAAGAAAUGACCCACCAGCAUCCAUCCUGUGUGGAACAGAGAAGCCAGAAGUCUACAUUGAACCCUGCAACUCAGUCAUCAUUCAGGUCAAGGCGGCAGAGAUAGUCGGAAGCGACAUGUAUAAAACCAACUGCACCCUCCGCUUCCCCAGGAUUGAGAAGAUCCGUGACGACAAGGAGUGGUACCAGUGCAUGACUCUGGCAGAGCUGGAUCAGUUUCGCAGCAAGGCAUCGGGAAAACUUGCCUCACGGCACCUUCACAUCGACAACAACGAACCACAAAAGAAGAAGCGCAAGCUGGCAGCCAAACCCAAGAAGGUGAUUGGGCUCAUUGACCACUUUAAGCCCCAGGACCUCUCUGGGGUUACCAAGGAGACUGAUAUGUUCGAGGAUGUGGAGUUCUGCAUCCUGAAUGGGACUGAGGAUCACCCCAAGGCUGAGCUGGAAAAAGGCGUGGCCAGGUGUGGGGGUAUCGUGGUUCAAAAUCCUGGACGGGACACCUACUGUGUGAUCGCCGGCAUAGAGAACAUGCGUGUGAAAAACCUGAUUUCGUCCAACCAGCAUGACGUGGUGUGGGCCGCCUGGCUGCUGGAGUGCCUUGACCAGAAGCAAGUGGUCCCAUGGCAACCCUGCCACAUGAUCCACAUGUCGCCCUCCACCAGGGAGCACUUUGCCAAGGAGUAUGACAGCUACGGAGACAGCUACUUUGUGGACACAGACGAGCAGCAGCUGCGUGAAGUGUUCAGCCGCAUCAGCAGCACUGACACAUCGGCAGCCGUGAACGUUGGCCAGGUGGAGGAGCGAUAUGGCUGGGAUGAUCUUCCCACCAGCAUGUUCAGACCCUUCAAGGUUUACAUGGACAGCUACACUGACAUAAGAGACUCUAAAAGCGCCCUACCUGCCACCUGUUUGGACAUCAGGGCACUAGAGUUUCGUUACCAUGGAGGCAAGGUGGUGCAGAAGUUGGAGGAAGGAGUGUCCCAUGUCGUUAUGGCAGAGGAAACAAGACUUCUAGAUUUGAGGACUCUGAGGCGCAGCUUUAGGAAGAAGUUUAAGAUUGUAAGAGACUCAUGGGUGACUGAUUCAAUCAAAGCAGGGUAUCUGAUGAAUGACAAUGACUACUUAGUUUGAGUCUUUUGGUGAUUUUCAUAGGAUUUCAGUUGACACUAAAGAAAAAUCAUUUUUAUCUCGCAUUUUAAUUAGUUCCCAAUAAGAUUAGUAAUUAAGUAAAAGUUGAAGAAUAAAAACUCCAUAAACAGUCAAAAUCACCAUUGAGUGUGAGAUAAGAGGUUUGAUUGAAGCUACACUAUAUUAUAUUGGGGACGUUACUUUCUCUGGGAUUUCAUGCAGACUUUAUUACUUUUGUUUGUUAUGUUCUUAAUGCGUGAUUAGGGCUGCUUGUUAUUAGUUUUUAAUGAAUUGACCAAUAUAAUGGACUAAUAUAAGUGAGUGAACACUGGGGAGUAUUCCAUGACUGUGAUCUAAACUAGGCCCCUUCUUAAUUUUUCAUUUAAAGGGUUUUUAGUGUUGCACUUAAAAAUAAAGGUGGGGAGAUUUUAAAAAAAAGGUGGUGAAAAUUGGAGCAGCAAAGAAGUUUUAGUCCAUAGUAUGAGUCAAACUCCAAAAACACUAAAUCCUACAUUUCCCAUAAUGAAACUGGAUAGCGUCUUUCAUUAGACCCUCAUUUCCUUCUAAAUGCCAAUUUCUUUUAAACCCAAUACAUUCUUAUAGAUGAUGAAUCUCAAGCCCAAUCCAAGAUAACCCUGGUGGCAUCACUAUGACAUCAUCAGGGGUAUUUUUUUCAAACUGGAGCAUUCCUUCCAGAGCCAUAGAAGACAUUAUACAUGUGUUUUCUCAGGCUUAGUACUUCUUGUGAUGAGUGAAAUAAACUUUAUGUGUAAAAUUGGAGUGCCCCUUUAAUGUAAGAUAACAAUGGGAGUGGUUCAAUGAGUCUUGAACAGUUCACUCUCUUUUUGUUAUCUGUGCCUUUGUGCUUUUAUUUAUUUUUUACGUACAGUGUGUAGGAUUUAGUGGCAUCUAGCCGUGAGGUUGCAGAUUGCAACCAAAUGAAUACACCUCCCGUCACCAUCCUCUUCCAAGCGUUAAAUAAAUUUGUUGGAUAAACAUGUUGGAUUGGUUUAAAAUACAGGAAUGACUGUUGUCCAAAUGUGUUUUUAAAAUUAGUAAUUAAAGCUGGAGUGUGGGAUUUUUGUCUCCCCCUUGUGGAGUAAUUACAAAAACACUGUUGACACAUGCUUACAUCAUAGGCUCCACUGUAGCCUACUCCAUUGUUACUGUUGCAGCUGUAAAAUGGUGGAUAAAUUGUUUUACGCGUCACAUAACCCCUAUGAAAUGACUCAUUUCACUAUCAGAAUUUGAUCCAUUCAGUCUGAUAACAUUUGGAAGAGCCGCAUGAUUAAAUUAUUUUAUCCCCAUUCAAGUUAGCAAAGGGCUAACCAGAAGAUAGCCUACUCUUUCAGCGGAAGUCUCUGGUGCACAUGCUCUGUAUUCAUCCAGCCAGCACGAGAACGUCAAAUCCAACACCAGAUUUAAAAACUCUGGUAUCCUGUGAAAUACAGAGAGAUGUAUGUAGCGAUGAUAGGCUUAACCAGCAUUGUAUGAACUUGUUUGGCAAAAGCUUGAAUGUAACGGACGUUCAUCUAUAUGUAAAAGUCCCGCACUGCAGGUUUAACUUAAAGGGAGCGUCUGUAUGAAUUGAUGGCCUUUGCCUCAGCUCUUCAGCGUGUACUCAGCUGGCAGAGAGAGACCGGGGGACACCACAGGUGUACGUUAAAACCGGUUCAGCUCAAGGCCUUCCAACAAAGAUGUCGCCAUGUUUUCCUGUCUUGAAAAAUGUCACCAAUGUGCCUUGGGACUCAUUGAUAUGUUAUAACCUUCAUUACCGUCGCCCCUAGGGUGCAGGUAGCUGCCUGUGGUGUCCUGGGCAUUGUUGUGUGUAAAUGCCGCAUGAAUACAUUUUGAAAGUAAAAGUGAUAAGGCACCUGUUCCUAAUCAUAUACAGUUAAUAAUGGCUCUCAUUGACCUGUUGCAGAGUUCCCUGUAGGGUUUGUGGGUUUUAAUCUUUGUUUUUCUAAUCUUUGUUAAACAGUUUCAAGUAAAAUUCUACCUUUAAUACGUUCUUUGCAUUGUUUUAGAUGACGAGUUAUAUCACUUUUGUUGAAAACAACACAAAAUGUCACAUUGUUGAGAGAAAAAUGGUCUUCAUUGCUGGUUAAAAACUAUUUUGUGCCGCAGUAAGCGCUCUGUAACCCGUCGCCCACUCUGGACUAUUUCCAGGUGAUGCGGAGUGAGUGUUUGAUUGACAGGCUUUAAUUAGAGGUACUCAACCAGUGCUUA